AUGGCCUCAGCGAGACGCCCAGAGAAGCCCUCAGCAGUGUCGGACGCCAUACCCUCAUCCUCGCCCGCAUUUGGAACACCAGUACACCCAAUCAAUCCCCGCAGGACAGCCCCAAUACGCGCCCCGCCCUCUCUCAAGCCAGUUGCAAAGUCGACUGUUCUUCCAAUAUUACUGCCUCCGGCAACACUACGGCCGCUAGCAUUCCGUACCUUCACCAAGAAACACAAUCUUACACUCACAUCUUCCGCCCUCCAGGCCUUAGCCACAUUUAUUGGAAAGCACUGCGGUUCAGGAUGGCGAGAGGAAGGCUUAGCAGAGAAGGUUCUCGAGGAAGUUGCAAAGAGCUGGAAGAAGUGCGGUGGGCAGGUCAUUGUGGAAGGAGAUAAUGAGACGUUCAAGAGCAUACUAAAGACACUAGAAGGGUCCAUGAGCGGUGGCAGAAUAGUCCAGGGUUCGACAGUAGGACGCCAAAGCAGCUUCAACUUCGGCCCAGAUAUAUCCGGCCAGACAUCACAUGGAUCCCUAGACACCACUUCAAGUUUCGGCAUAUCGAGCCUAGAGGUGGAAGACAAGGAGGAUGAAGAGGAUUUGCUAAAAGACCCGCGAGAGUGGAUGAAGGUUAUUGGCGCUUUCGAGCAGCCCAAGCUGGUCUACAAUGUCAACCAAAAACAUUUUGAUAAAUCUACUGCCAAACCAUCGCUCUUCCCAGAUCCUUCACAUAAGACUGAGCUCUUCCGUCAGCGGUAUCACAUUGUACAUCAGCGCAUACUCCGCAAUGAGACGUUUCAAGCACCCACUUUCAGCACAGCUAGGUCGGCUACUCUGAGUCGGACAGGGUCAAUUGCAACCUCGCAAAUGAACACGAUCACACCAAUUGCCAACCUGCUGGGGCGAACCGGAAGCACGCAUCUGUUACUGGGUAUGCUCACUGUCUCAGCAACCGGAGCGCUCUCACUCUCUGACCUUACGGGAACAAUUGCGCUUGACAUUGAGCAUGCGCGACCGAUACCUGAGAAGGGCGCAUACUUUGCACCAGGUAUGAUUGUACUGGUUGAAGGCAGUUAUGAAGAAGACUCCGGAGCAGGCUCAUCACUAGGGGGCAGCGGUGGUAUUGGUGGCACGAUAGGUGGAAAGUUCCUCUCCUUUUCGAUCGGACACCCUCCAUGUGAACGACGAACAGCAACGCUAGGUGGCGCUGAGGAAGUUGAUAAGAACAGUCUUGCCGGCCCAGCAUUCGGCUGGACUGAUUUCUUGGGCGUCGGUUCACAGCGUGGAACUGGUGCGCGUAUGAACAAGAUUGCAUCCAAACUACUCGAACCCGAACGAGCACACAACAUUGUCAUAGCAUCAGAUCUCCACCUGGACGUACCCUCAACAUUAUCAGCCCUCCGUACCCUCUUGCGCACAUAUACACCCGGUCCCACCGACGUUCACCCUGUCUAUCCUCUCGCCAUCAUCCUCAUGGGAAACUUCAGCUCCAAAGCCAGUUUAGCAGGCGUCCCCGGCACCGGCAGCAUAGAAUACAAAGAGCAUUUCGACGCCCUCGCCUCCGUCCUCGCAGACUUUCAACCUCUCAUCGCCCACACCACGCUCGUCCUCGUCCCGGGUGACAACGACGCCUGGCCCAGCGCCUUCUCCGCCGGCGCCGCAACCCCCCUCCCCCGCAAACCCAUCCCCAACAUGUUCACCACCCGCAUCCGCAAAGUCGUCGCCGAAGCCAACCGCGAAAUCUGGGGGCCAGGAAAAGCAAAAGGGAAAGAAGGAGAAGUCAUUUGGACCUCGAAUCCCUCGCGUCUCACUUGGUUCGGUGUUAAGGCUGAAAUGGCCAUCUUAAGAGAUGACCUCCUAGGUCGCCUUCAACGAAACUCAAUCCGCUUCAACAAGCCACCGCCUGAUGCGGACGAUGAAUUGCCAUUUGCACCCAGCCAACAAGCUCGCGAUCUCGAGAAUCAAGAUUCCAUGGAUCUGGAUCUGGUGCAUCCUCCACCUCCACAACCAAAACGCCAACAACAGCAGCAACAACAGCCAGAUGUCGAUCUCGACACGCAAAUUGCCCGCGCACUUACUCGUACUAUUCUCUCCCAGUCGCAUCUUAGCCCUUACCCGCUUGCUUCACGCCCCCUGCAUUGGGACUUUGCGCAUGCAAUGAGUUUGUAUCCGCUGCCUACGAGCGUGGUGCUUGCGGAUGCCGAGGCCCCGCCGUUUGUAGUCAAGUAUUUCGGGUGCACGGUUAUGAAUCCGGGGAGUUUGGAUGAGAGUGGAGGGAGAAGAGGACGGACGGAGGGAAGGGCGCGGUGGGUCGAGUUUGAUGUUAGGACUAGUGCGGGGGUUGUGAGGACGGAGGGGUAG